AUGCACGGCCGGAAGGUGCUCAAGUACGCGCUGUCGACGCGCAAGACCGAGCUGGUGUACGAGGACCCGGACGACAUGCUGUCGGGCCUGGGCUGGCUCCCGGACGGGCGAAUGCUCAUCGUGUCCAUGAACAACCGCCGCAUACUCGUGCACGACAAGGAAACCAGCGCAACGGAAGUGUACGCAGAUGUGAGAGACGUGACCGCGUUCAGAGCCAACGACAUGGUGGUGGCUCGGUCAGGCCGCGCGUACGUCGGCAGCUUCGGCUUCGACAUGACCAACGUGGCGGCUUACUCGAGAUCUGCAGUCAUCAGCGUUGGUGUCAACCGCGACAUCCGCGUGGAGGCCCCGGACAUGAUCUUCCCCAACGGCAUGGUGAUCACCCCAGACGGUAAGACGCUCAUUGUUGCGGAGACCUUCGCGGGACUCCUAACAGCGUUUGAUAUCGGCGAGGAUGGGAGACUGAGCAACCGCCGCUCAGGAUUCUACCCGACUGCAGGGGGUCUGCUGCGUGUGCAGGAGGGUGGCCAGGUGCUGGAAGUACUGGGCUUUGGCGCGAAUGGGAUCAAGAACUCGACGUUCGCCUGCCAGCUCGGCACCGACGCCGAGGGCAAGCACCAGCUCUUUUUCAUGGAGUCUGUGACCUCGUACGACCACGUGAUCUUCAAAGACGGCCCCGAAGCAGCUAAGAAGAACGGCCAGGUCAGGGCCAUCGAAGUCGCGAAGACCACGCAACAGCAAGAGCUCUUCCCCAAGGUGUUCCCCAAUGUCCGAAUGCUGGUUUUCCCGUUCCGCUUCCUCGGAUACUGGCUCGGACGCAAACUGUGGGCAGAGGACCCUCACGCGCCGCAAGCACGGACGCUGCUGGACGACAUCGUCUACGGCGAAGGCCCGCGCUUCCGCACCCCGACAGGAGAAGUGUACUUCACCGACAUGCACGACAAGAAGGUGAUCAAGUACUCGCUGGCAACUGGCAAGAGGUCGGUGGUGUACGACGACCCGGAAGACAUGCUGUCUGGCUUGGGCUGGCUGCCAGACGGUCGGAUGCUGAUCUCGUCCAUGAACAAGCGCCAAGUGCUCGUGCACAACGAAGACGCCAACGCCACAGAGCUCUUCGCGGACGUGAAGGCCGUGACCCAGGUUCGCGCCAAUGAUAUGGUCGUGUCGACUUCUGGUCGCGCCUACCUCGGCAGCUUCGGUUUCCACCACGCCGACCUCAUGUCGAUCGCUAGCUCGGCCAUCGUCAGUGUCGGUACAGACGGAGCUGUUCGAGUGGAAGCCACCGGUGUCGUGUUUCCGAACGGGAUGGUCAUCACCCCGGACGGCAAGACGCUGAUCGCUGGCGAGACCUUUGAGGGCCGCCUGACCGCGUUCGAUAUCGGCGAGGACGGCAGGCUCUCGAACGGCCGGCUGUGGGCCGACGUGGGCUCGCUCGUUGAUGGCAUCUGUCUGGACGCGGAAGGGUGCGUGUGGGCCAGCAUCGUGCAGUCCGGGCUGUACCAGACCGGCGGCGGCCUCGUGCGCGUGAAGGAGGGCGGCGAGAUCCUGGACGUGAUCGGGUUCGGGGCCAACGGGAUCAAGAACUCGGUGUUUGCGUGUCAGCUGGGCACGGACGCCGAGGGCAAGCACCAGCUCUUCUUCAUGGAGGCGGUCACGUCGUACGACCACCUGAUCUGGAAGGACGGUCCCGAGGCGGCGCGCAAGAACGGCCUGCUGCGCGCCAUCGAGGUGAAGGUCGGCCCAGCGCGGAUCCCGGGAGACGACCGCUAUUGCGGCGGCUACUGCUGA